CGCUGGCGCUGGUGACGGCGACGGCGACGACGACGGCGCUAGCAGCGGCGGGUACGCCUCAGUCUACGUCCAGACAGUUUUAGCAGCAGAGGCAGCAGCCACCCUCAUUCGCAUUCGCAUUCAUAUUCGCACAGCUGUAACAUUUGUCACACGCCCCUUCGCUUGGGGGAAACUUUUCGCAUCUUUGGCGCUCUCCGUACGGUACAUUCGCGUUAACGGUAUUCUGUAAUAACUAGAGCCGCUAAUAUUGUUGCUGUUGCUGAUUAUAAAUUGCGUGCGUCUUUGCUAGCAAACCUCGCUCGCUCGCACGCACGCUCUCUCUCUCUCUAUCUCUGUCGCUCGCAUAGUUAAUCGCCACGCCGUCGUUGCCGUCGACGCAGUUUGUAAGCGACGGCGCUGCGCUUCGAUUUUGUUGCUAGUAAUUUUUUUUUUUUUUGGAUUGUAUUUAGUAAAUUUCCGCCUGCGCUUACGUGUCAUAUGAUUUGCCAAAAAUAGCCAAGUAAUACAAAAAAGAGAAAAAGAGAACAAUAACAAAAAAAAAUGCAGCUGCAGCAUUAAAAAGUUCUGCCUGCGCCUGCGUCAUUGUGUGUAUGUGUGUGUGUGUGUGUGCGUGUGUUUCGGUGCUUAUGUGCGUGAAUGUGUUUUAAAGCCGGCAUUACGGUAGUGCGGUCAAACAGCUGGGACGCAGCUACAAACACACCAAACAACUACAUACAACAAUACCAAAGGCGAAAAUGUAUCGAAUCGGUCCAAUUGGACGCAAAUCCAACUUCCACUCGCGCGAGAAAUGUCUGAUUGGACUCGUGCUAGCUACGCUGUGCUUCCUCUGCUUUGGCGGCAUUUUCCUGCUGCCAGACAACUUUGGCAGCGAGCGCGUACUGCGCGUCUACAAGCACUUCCAGAAGGCCGGGCCCGAGAUUUUUAUUCCGGCCCCACCGCUCGCCGCGCAUGCGCCACGCGACGAGGAUCCCCACUUUAUGGGCGAUCGCCAGCGCCUCCAGCAGAAGAUCAUCGCCGAACUGGGCGACAUUUUCGAUGAGCCGCAGGCGGCAGCCGAUGCGGUUGCACAGGCGCCGGCGCCGGUGCCGGCUGCCCAACAGGAACAGCCCGUCGAACAGGAGGCACCGCCAGAGUUGGCUGCUCAUCAACGAGUGUCCUUGCCAGCAUCCGAUGACACAAUCCUUAACAGCAACAACAACAACAAUAAUCCGCUCCAUGGCGAACAACAGCUUAAGCUACCCAUGGGCAUGGGCAGAGAGCUAGCGGCAGAUCAUGCGGAUGCCGGCAUAAAGGAGAAGCGUCUAAAAGUCAAAGAGAUGAUGGAGCACGCCUGGCACAACUAUAAAUUGUAUGCUUGGGGCAAGAACGAGCUGCGUCCAUUGUCGCAGCGUCCGCACUCGGGCAGCAUAUUUGGAUCAUAUGAUUUGGGCGCCACAAUUGUGGAUGGCCUGGACACGCUGUACAUAAUGGGCCUGGAGAAGGAGUACAAGGAGGGACGCGACUGGAUUGAGCGCAGAUUCUCGCUGGACAACAUCAGCGCCGAGCUGUCCGUGUUCGAGACAAAUAUACGCUUUGUGGGCGGCAUGCUGACACUGUACGCCUUUACCGGGGAUCCACUGUACAAGGAGAAGGCGCAGCAUAUUGCGGAUAAGCUGCUGCCCGCUUUUCAGACUCCCACCGGCAUACCCUAUGCGCUGGUCAACACCAAAACUGGCAUGGCCAAGAACUAUGGCUGGGCAUCCGGUGGUAGCUCGAUUCUCUCGGAGUUUGGUACACUGCAUCUGGAGUUUGCCUAUUUAAGCGAUAUAACUGGCAACCCACUGUAUCGGGAGCGCGUGCAGACCAUACGCCAGGUGCUCAAGGAGAUCGAGAAGCCCAAGGGACUCUAUCCCAACUUCCUGAAUCCCAAGACGGGCAAAUGGGGCCAGCAGCACAUGUCGUUGGGGGCCCUGGGUGACAGCUAUUACGAAUAUUUACUCAAGGCAUGGCUUCAGUCCGGCCAGACAGACGAGGAGGCACGCGAAAUGUACGAUGAGGCUAUGCUGGCCAUUAUGGACAAAAUGGUGCGCACCAGUCCCAAUGGGCUGACCUAUGUAUCUGAUCUGAAGUUUGAUCGACUGGAGCAUAAAAUGGAUCAUCUUGCCUGCUUCUCGGGCGGACUUUUUGCACUGGGCGCUGCGACACGCCAGAAUCAGCACACGGACAAGUACAUGGAAGUGGGCAAGGGCAUUACCAACACCUGCCACGAGAGCUAUAUACGCGCGCCCACCCAGCUGGGACCAGAAGCAUUCCGCUUCAGCGAUGCGGCAGAGGCGCGUGCGCUGCGCUCGCAGGAGAAAUACUAUAUACUCAGGCCGGAGACAUUUGAAAGCUACUUCGUGCUUUGGCGCCUCACGCACGACCAAAAGUAUCGCGACUGGGGCUGGGAGGCGGUACUGGCGCUGGAGAAGCAUUGCCGUACACCGCACGGCUACUGCGGCCUGCGCAAUGUCUACCAGCAGGAGCCCCAAAAGGACGAUGUGCAGCAGAGCUUCUUCCUGGCUGAAACACUCAAGUACCUGUACUUGCUGUUCUCAGACGACUCCGUACUGCCCCUGGACGAAUGGGUCUUCAACACGGAGGCGCAUCCAUUGCCCAUCAAGGGUGCCAACAUUUAUUACCGCAAGGCUCCGGUGCCGCUGCCCGCAUCGAAUGCCUCAUAAGCCGUUGGACGCAGUUGGAUGACCGCGUCAUUUUAAUUGACUAUAUAUCAUUUAAUAUAAUGAUUAUUAUUUAAA